UUCAACAAAAUGGCUGCUGGAGCGCUGCAAACGAAAGCUCAGUGAACACUUCACCUCAGUGCAGUAUCAUUUUAAAUGGAUGCUUUGGAAUUUACUUAAUCGCUAAGCAUCGGGACAUUUGCUCGUGUGAACACUUUUACAUGCGUUUUAGCGAACUAAAGGCAUGCUGAAAUAUUUCCCUUUACGCACUUUAUACAUCCAAACAUCGCCUUUCUCGAAGUAAAAACGUCAUUCAGAAAAAGCUUAAACUGCCCGUGUGAGUGCGCGCGGGUGUAGCUGCUCCGAAAAAUCGCCGAAAUGUUACAGCAGAUCAACCUCGAGCUUUCUAGCUGAUGAGCAAAUCGUCGUUCAAAGUCUUUUUACUGUUUGCACUGACAUUUUUAAAGAGAUGUUUCCCCCCUCUGGAUAAAUUCCUCUGUCUUGCAUAUUGAGAGGUGAAUUCCUCAACUGGAAAGCCACUGCAGCUCACUGCAAGAGUGAGUGCCUGACUGCGACUGAAGGAGGAAUAUCUGAUCAGUGUCAGUACGGGUAUCGACAACAUCCUCCUUCACCACGCAGCGCGUGCAUCAGAUUUGAACAGCAGACCGCAAUUGCCCCGUGUGCGAAAUAAAGGUGCAAAGGAUUGUGGGUGUUUGAAGGCCACGAAGGAUACACCUGAUGCGUCCAAAAUAUGGCAAACAAAGGCUGCGAAACGAGGCUGCCAAGUGUCCUCACAUUUGAGAUGGCCUUCGACGAUGCUUGAUGACGUGGCAGCCGAGUUAUUCAGCCUUACGAGGCUGCAGCCUUCCAUUUGAUAAGCACCCAAACUCUAUUUGUUUUCUGUUUGACUUGUAACUUAUUUUCGGCUUACAUUUUUUAAAUAGGUGUUUACAGAAGAAAUUGCAAAUUUGUUGCUAUUUUCAGCACUUGGUGUUGAAAAUGCACAGCGAUACAUGACACAUGAGCAUUGCACUGUUUGUACAUUGGACUCAUCAGCGAAUCCAAGAUGCUCAAGACCCCAUCUGAGCUCAGCACAGUCACUUGCAUCAAACUAGUAUCACUUAGCUUAGAAAUCACUCAGUGCUGCCAAACUUAACAUUUAUUUUCCAUGAGGUUCUGUUUUCUAGAUGAUUGAUUAGGCCAAUCCCACAUUCUUUAUGUAAGCAACCCAGGAAAGUGGUUUUAUUUAUCGAACAAAAGGUCCCUUGUUAUGUAUUAAGUAGACUUUAAGCAGUGCUUUUGGUUUUUGUCUCUUUAUUGUUUACUAACGAUAACAAUAUUCUGUAUGACAACACUAAAGCAAUAGCCUAAUGCUUUGAUAAUAUUGACAUUGAUCACUUGAAUCAAUAUGGUCUGUCAAUAGCACAGUUUUAUUUAUUUUUUUGGAUACAACACACUAACCAACAGCUGUCACUUCCAAAGAUAGAUUUGCAGUGUGUUGAUCUCUGAAGGUUACAACUGGAUCUGUGUCCCACUGACCCUCAUCAGAUUGCUUCAUCAUGCCUUGGGACAAAACAAGAAACAGAAGAGGAGAACCAUUUGAUGGAAGAAAAGAAAAAGAAAAAGCAAGAAGAAAAGAAAAAGAAGGAAGCUGCUCAGAAAAAGAUUGCUGAACAGAAAACCAAAGUGCCAGACUCUGCCAAGCCCAGCCCCACCUCUCCUCCCCCCACCAACCCCAGCACUGCCACCAACCCAUCCGUGUCCUCAGCCAGCAGCAGCACUGGUGGCAAUGGCAAGCGUGCACCCUCCAGCAACCAACAACAACAGCAGCAGUCGGCAGCCCCACGCUACCCUCCCAGAGAGGUGCCCCCUCGCUUCCGUCAGAAUGAACACAAGCAGCUACUGAAGCGGGGCCAACCUCUGCCCACCGGGAGCCCGGCACUUGCACAGCCAGCCUCCUCCAGCCCCACGUCUCAGCCCUUUUCCUGCCAUACCCACCCAGAGCUGCCCCCACAGAGUGGCCUGGCAGCCCAGUAUGAGAAUAUACCCUCCAAUCGCAGUGCUUCUACAGCCUCUACUAACAGCUGCGGUGGCUGGGAUCCAUUGAUUAUUGACAAGAGUGAUACUGAGGCGUGGCCUUCCAUUUCAUGCAAAGAAAGCUACGCCCCUGCAGGAUGCCCCUUGGACACUGAAAGUACCAGUGACGUCAGCAGCACAAGCAGCAUGAGCAUGGCUACAGGAGCUGGCCAGCAAGGCCAUUUCUCUGCCAAUCACCCCAGCAAAGCCAAUGCCAGCCACUCAGGAGGUCUGCUCUCUAGUCAGGGUGGGUCCAGUAGAGGCUGGGGCUCUGGCCCAUCUCCUGCUAGUGGAGGAGAAGGGAAGAAUGAAGUCCCCAGCACAUCAAUGGGAGCCAGGGGUUGGGGCUCCUCCAACUUUAACUUGAACUUAAACCCCAAUGCCAACCCCUCUGCCUGGCCAGUUCUGGGACAUGAAGGGACUGGCGUGGGUGGCGGCAGCUCUGGAGGAAACAACCCUCAUCCUCCUAAUCUCUGUAGCCCACCGGGCACUCUGUCCAGCCAGGGCUCUAGCAGCAGUGGCAGUAUAGGUGGUGCCAAUGGAAAUUCUGCAGGUAAUGGUGGCAGUGGCAAUGGCAGCACCACAUGGGGUAGCAUUGUGCCCAGUGACUCCUCAGAGCCACACUCCACCCCAUCCACGAAUGUGUCUUUCAGCUCUGAACCUCAGAACCUUAACACUGAUGGACCAAAUCACGCUAAGCAGGAGUCCAGAGGCACUGGCCACAGUCUGCCCAACUGGGGGGCUGGCCCUGCAGGCAUGGGCUCAUCUGUUCAACCUCCAGGAGGAGCCUCCCAGGUCAAUGGAGAGGAGGAACCUGUUUGGGGUAAUGGAGAUGCCAAGUCUGUUAGUGGCUCAAAAGACUCUGGUUGGGACUCAGGGAGCAGCUGGGGACAGGGAGGGGCUUCAGUCACAGCUGGCUGGGGACAAACUGCUUCAACUGGAGACUGGGGUAAGCAUUCCAACAGUGAGGCCAAAGGAUGGGAUUCUUCAGGCUCUCCCACCCAAGAGCAGCAGCUCAAUUCCUGGGUCCGUGGGGCCAAUGCUCCAGCCAGUGAGGGAAGCAGUGACAGCAUGGAAUGCCAUCCUCGCAGAAGGGACCGCUCAUCAAGGGAUGAGGCCCCCCAAAUUCUGCCUGCCCAGGACAUGGACCCCCGAGUUCUGUGCAACACGGGCUGGGGACAGACACCUGUGCGCCAGCACACAGCUUGGGAGACAGAAAAGGCUGCACGCUCCAACCACAAGAAUGACAUUGGAACUGAAGCUUGGGGCUCGUCCUCAAAUGCAGCCAAUGCUGGACCAAUGCCAACUUCUGGUAUUGCCAACUUAAACUCUGGCCCUGCAUCCAGACCUGACUCUGGGGGCAAGAAUGAUGGCCCCUGCCCCAGUACUGGACAUGCACCAGGCUGGGGUACUUCUAUACAGUCACCCCAGGCUGGCUCUGGUUGGUCAGAUCCAACCAGCAACAAGAAACCUUCCAGUGGUCCUGGAAGCUGGGGCAUUACCCCAUCUGGAGGUCCAGGAGGCAACCUGCAGAAGUGUGGUCAAACUUGGGGUUCUGAGGAGAAAUCUCCUACCUGGGAAGACAGUCAUUCUAAGGCCAAACCACAGGGUUGGGCUGAGGUGCCCAAACCAUCUCAUGGAUGGGGAAAUGGACCUGAUGGAGAAAGUGGGUCUGGAGGAGAAUGGGGUGAACCUGGAGAUGGGAAGAAAAAUGUCCCAUCAAGCUCUUCCUGGGAGGGAGAAGGACCAGGCUGGAAUGAGGGCUCCAGAGGAUGGAGAAAGCCUGCCCCGGCAGUAGGAGGAAAUUGGGGAGAUGCACAACGCCCCAGUGUGCCACCACAAGGAUGGAAUAACAAGCCUCAGGAGAGCACCAGUGGCAAUAGUGGCAGUGCGAGCAUGGGUUCUUGGGGAGGUCCUAGCUCUGUGAAGCAGAGUGGCUCUGGAUGGGGUGGAGGAAAUGGUGGAGGUGUUAAACCUGACCACACUGGAGAGCCCACUGGAUGGGAGGAGCCCUCUCCACCCUCCAUCCAACGAAAGAUGGAGAUCGAUGACGGUACCUCAGCUUGGGGUGACCCAAGCAAUUACAAAAAGACAGUCAAUCUCUGGGACAAGAAUAACCCUGGGAUGCAAGGCAAACCAGGCCCUGGCAAUGCCAACAAUGUACCCAACAACCAUCAUCAUCACCCCCACCAUAAUCAGCCUCCCAUGCAGAACCACAACCACGGAGGGCCAAACUCAAACAAUAACCACAUUUCUCCGGAUAACGCUGGCCCACAUCUAACAGGGCCGACUCACACUAGAACAGCCCCCAUUAAUCCAGGAUGGGGGGAGAUGACAAAUGUCCAUUCAAAACCUGAGCCCUCAUGGGGGGAGCCAGCUGCAGCAAGUGUGGACAAUGGCACUUCAGCAUGGGGAAAACCCCCAGGUGGAUGUGGAGGAUGGGGUGAUAAUGGUCCUGAGGUCUAUGGUCGAGGCAACGGUCCCCCUGGAUCUGCUCCCUGCAAAACUGUCCCCAAAUCUAUGCAAGAUGGCUGGGGAGGUGGUGAGGACAUGAGCCUGUCUGCAGGGCAGUGGGAGCAGGAUGAGGGGGACAUGUGGAACAGCACUGCAUCUCAGGAGAGCAACAACUCAUGCAACUCCUGGGGCAACCCACCCAAGAAGGGCCCACCAAAGGGAAAAGUCCCAAACAAACAGGAUGAUACAUGGAUUAUGAAUCGUCUGAUCAAGCAGCUGACUGACAUGGGCUUCCCUAGAGACCCUGCGGAAGAGGCUCUCAAAAGCAACAACAUGAGCUUGGAUCAGGCCAUGAGCGCCCUGUUGGAAAAGAAGACCGAGCUAGAUAAACGGGGGAUGGGAAUCUCUGACUAUAACAACGGCCUAGUCAAUAAACCAAUGGGCUGCAGGCCUUCAGUCAUCUCCAAAGAAUCCUCCUCAGAUCGUCCCCCCUUCAUGGACAAGGAUGCUGGGCUAGCAGAUGAUGCCCAAACCUCACAGUUUAUGCCUUCUCCGAGCCUGAAGCUCCCAGUGGGUAGUGCUGCACUCCCUGGCCAGAGCCUUGGAGUUGCCAUGCAAAACUUGAACAACAGACAGAUGCAGAGUGGAGUGUUUGGUAGUAGCGGAGCAGCACAAGCCCGGGCCCUGCAGCAGCAGCCUCCUCCCCAGCCAUCAGUGCCGCCUUUCAAUUCGUCCCAGCCUAGUCUACGCGCUCAAGUGCCUCAGUUUCUCAGCCCUCAGGUUCAAGCACAGCUUUUACAGUUUGCAGCAAAAAACAUUGGUCUCAACCCUGCACUUUUAACCUCACCAAUAAACCCUCAGCAUAUGACCCUGUUGAACCAACUUUAUCAGCUGCAACUGGCGUACCAGCGUUUACAAAUUCAGCAGCAGAUGUUGCAGGCACAGCGCAGUGUUUCUGGCCCCAUCCGACAGCAAGAGCAGCAAGUUGCACGCACAAUCAAUAACAUGCAGCAACAGAUCCAGCAGCACCAGCGGCAGCUGGCUCAGGCUUUGCUGUUGAAACAGCAGCAGCAGCUGCCCCCCUCUUACCCGGGCCUGCAUCCCAGCGUGGGCAAAUCAUCUCUGGACACGUUUCCAGCACACCCCCAGGCCUCCAGCCUCUCCGUUUCUGACCUUCAGACCAAAGAGCCGCAGUCUUCUCCAAACUCCUUCUCCCCCUACCCUAUGUCUGGAUUGAACCAUAACAUGAAUGUAAACUGCAUGGAGGUGGGUGGCAUGUCCAUGAAGGACUCUCCUCAGCCCCAGUCACGCCUGUCACAGUGGACACACCCUAACUCCAUGGAGAACCUCUCUGGCAACUCCUCUCCAAUGGAGCCCAACUUCAGCAAGCACGGUGCCAUCUCUGCUGGUCCCAGUCUGGGUCCCCCAAGCAAGCCCCCACUGGAUGACUCCUACAGUCCUUACAAUCUGAUUUCCAGCUCUGAGUCUCCUGCCAGCCCUCUGGCACAUCAUGAUAGCUGGGGCCAGGGCAAAAGCACCAAUGACAAAAUCUCCAACGGGACCAAUGUCAACUGGCCUCCAGAGUUCUGUCCAGGUGUGCCCUGGAAAGGACUGCAGAAUAUCGACCCUGAGACUGACCCCAACAUGACCCCAGGCAGUGUUCCCAGUGGGCCCACCAUAAAUACCAACAUUCAGGAUGUUAACCGCUAUCUGAGAGACAGGAGCGGAGGUUCCACCCCAACUUCCUCACAGAGUGAGGCUCUGCCUCCCUCCAGCGAUUGGCCAGUUACUAGCUCUUUCAGACUGUCCUCCCCCGAGGCAGACAACACAGGCAAGCUGUCUGACAUGAAGUCCACCUGGUCCCCGGGGCCCAUCUCACACACCCAGGCUUCUCUGUCCCAUGAGCUUUGGAAAGUCCCUCAAGGACCCCGGAACACAAUGGCUCCCACACGGCCACCCCCAGGCCUGACCAACACCAAGCCCUCGUCAACAUGGGGUGGAAACACUCUUGGCCUGGUGGCUGGCUGGAGCAGCUCCUACUCCUCAGGUACCACAUGGAGUACAGAUAGCUCCAGCAGAAGCACUAGCUGGCUGGUUCUGAGAAACCUCACCCCACAGAUUGAUGGUUCUACACUGCGGACCCUGUGCAUGCAGCAUGGCCCGCUUAUCACAUUCCAUCUCAAUCUGACACAGGGCAAUGCUGUGGUGCGCUACAGUUCGAAGGAGGAAGCUGCCAAAGCCCAAAAAUCCCUACACAUGUGUGUUUUGGGAAACACCACUAUCUUGGCAGAGUUUGCUGGAGAAGAGGAGGUGAACCGCUUCUUUGCACAGGGUCAGUCCCUCACGCCCACCACCAGCUGGCAGGCCAACCCCAGCACCAAUCAAACGCGGCUGGGGAGUGGAGGGACGGCGGUCACGCACCCCAUCGGCCACUGGAACAGCAGCAGCCUGGGAGGAGGAGUGGGCGGGACAGGGUCCGGGGGUAAAGACGAGCUGCUGUGGGGGGGUGUACCUCAGUACUCCAGCCUGUGGGGUCCACCCAGCACUGAGGAUGGCAGAGUGGUUGGCAGCCCCACCCCAAUCAAUACGCUGCUUCCUGGAGACCUGCUGAGCGGAGAGUCCAUGUGAGAGUGCCAAGCACUUGAAAGACAAGCAAACCCCCCACACAGCAAAAUAUGAAACAAAAAAGUUAACGAGCAAAAACCAAGAAAAUCAUUUAGCGAUAUAAUCAGCGUCAGUGGAACUGUGAACCAAGAGACAGGAGGCCACACUUGUUUAAAGGCUGCUGACCUUCUUCCUCUUCUUUUUACUUUUUUUGGUGUUAUUUUUAUCAUUACGCUUGGAUUACAGUAUUCUAUAGACUUCUUACGAAAACAAGAAGAAUGGUGACUAAAGGAAAAGUGAACCUUUAUCAAGACUUUUCUCUAAUAAUUGAUACCAUUGUGAAAGUGUAUUUUACUACAACUGACAAGACAAGCUGCCAUUUUUUAAAAUUCCUCUGGCACGAGCACAUCCUGUCAGUCCAAUCACAGCAUAUCACCACUCCCCCUUCAUGAAGAAAUGUGCAUCAUUCCAAAUAAACCCCUACUCCUUCUUUGUUGGACUGGAUUCAUGGCUUUUUCAGUUGUCUUGUGGAUCGUUUGGAUUAUUUAACAGCACUAAACUUAGCCUUAACUGCUGAUCAGUCCCAACUCCAGUCUUACUCAAGACUUUCUAAAAAAAAAAAAAAAAAAAAACUCAUCUGAGAAUUGCACAUUUUCUCAUUUCUGAGCCAGCGGAGAGCAAAGAACUGUCACAUGUUUUGAUCUCACACAAGCAAAAGCCUCAGCAUACACAUAUUUGUCCUUCCUCUUUCCCUCAGUUGCCAUCCUGUCCUCAUUACAUUUUAAAGGACAGACAGGUAUCUGGCCCCUCUGCACUUUGAGGCAUUUUCUCUUAAGCUGAGAGGACACGUGGACAGCUGAGGGCAUGUGUGUGUGCUAAAUAUAUUAACCACUGCUCAUAAAAACUGUAUAUGAAACACUUUUUCAGUGGAAUGGAUGGACUACUUUCAAGAUGGAUUAAUUUUGUGUGUCGCUUUCAUUUUCCUAAAUGACCUCAGUCUUUUAAGGCCCGACGGUCUCUCAAAAGCAUCAUUGUCAUUUGUCUGACAUGCAAUAUAUGCCACAGACUCUUCCGUCCAUCUUUACAGUGCUUUUGCUGACGAAACGGUAGGAGCUUGUUUGGGGACGGUGGAAUCAAAGACUCGUCUCCUCUCGCAUCCACUAAGCUUGGGACUAAUCAGAAGAGUUGUUGUUUUUCAGUGUGUAAGUCCAUGGUGAUGAGACAUUUACAAGCACUUCCUCUACACACGCAAGGACAGUGUGACUACAGGGGUACAGGGGCUUCAAACCAAAUAAGAGGUGUUUCUUGUAACCCAGUAGACAAAGUGCAUUUUUUCCUGUUGUAUUUGGUACAAAAGUAUGGAACAAAGACUGGUUCUAAAAGGGGUGGUUUAUUCAUAGCACUUAGCAAGAGCGUCAAGCUCCAUCUUCAAUGCCAACAAAUUACACAUGGAUGUGUGAAAUUAAAAAAAAGCAACGAUGAAAAGCAAUCUACAGAACUUCUCCAUGCUUCUUUUUGAACUCUAAAUGGAUUUUGGCAUUUAUUUUCUUGUCGUGUCUUUCCAUGGUCUUUUGACUUCAAAAUCAGACAUUUCAAAAACGGUAGCAAAAUGAAGGGAUGUCUGAUGAAAAAAACAAAAACACUGAACUGACUCAAGCAUUCACGUGUUUUUUUUUUUUUUUUUUUUUUUUCUUAAGAUAUAUAUCAAAGUAAAUAUCACUGUUACAGUACUCCAAAAUCAUUAGCCUUUUUGUCUGGAGAUGCUAGACGUGUUGUAAUGUUCUAAUGGAUUCUGUGGGGCCCCGCCUCGCUGGAGGCCCCGCCUACCUGUAUGAAAAGUGUGGCCAUUGAGUGCCUAUCUGCUGUGGCGCCUCGGGGUGCCCACACUCUGACUUUUGAUUCGCUGUGCCAAGCCAGCGCACCGGAUGCCAGAACGGAUCUGCCGCUUUACACAGCAGCUCCUUUGGACCUGGCCAAUCAGUACAUACUACUGCGCCAGCACUCGACCUCGUCUCAACUUCACUCUCAUAAACUCUCCCUCUCAUGCAAAGAUCACUUUAGCUGGAAGUGGACAGGUUCGUUUUUAUGUCAUUUUUAUGGUUGACUGGGUUUUUCCCUCUUGGAAUUGCCAGUGUUGUUCAUUUUGUCAACAUUGCUGUUGUUAUUGUUGUUUGCGGUUAUUGUUGAUGUUAUUGUUAUUUUGCGCUUUUAUUUUUUUAGUUAGUGUUUUUGUGUGUGUGUACGUGUGUGUGAUUGUCAAUGCAGUGUCUCUACGGUAGCUGCUCUCACCAGCCCCUUUUGCUGCGCAUAUGCAGAAACACUUCAGUGUAAAUGGCGACCGCUAAUGUUGUCAUGGCAAUUGAUUCAGAAUCACGUGUAGUGAUGGAAUUGUAACAAUUAGUUAUUUGUGGUUACUCUGAAAGUGAUAGUUCACCCAAAAAAUUUCAAUCUUGUCAUUUACUCGUCCUCAUGUCAAUCCAAAUGACUUUCUUCCAUUGAUUGCAAAAGGAGAUGUUAGGGUUGCAUGAUUGACAAAUUGACGGUUAUUUCCCUUGAUAUUGUGAUUGCGAUUAAUUUAGAUUAAUGGAAUUGACAAAAAUAUUUAUGAUGUCAUAUUUGGGUGAACUGUCCCUUUAAGCAUUAGUGGCAGACUGUAGUGGCGUAAUGAAGGAUAGGCUCAUGUGUCAGUGGUGCUCAGUUUGUUUUCUGCUUCUCCAUCACUUCCCAUAUCUCUCUCUUUCUGCCUCUCUUGUACAUUUUCCUCAACUUCGUCUUAGCCCUGCCAGGCCACACUCACACUGGUGCUUAUGACAAAGGGCAGACAGAGUACACUACUUACCUGGUCGCCUCUUCUCACAGUAAUAAAAGCAAACGAUAAUGGAGACUCGGCUCUCUACUUCUAUGCAAAGACCGACGAAGAGGUACAAUUCACAGCCUUCAGCUCCAAUCUGUAGUUACUUCGAGCCCACUCUACAAAUCACCAGUUCCAUUCUGUGCUGGCAGCUUCCUUAUAGUGUGGCCUAAAGUAAAAAACCGGCCCCACUUGUUUUAACUGAUGAUCAGGCCCUCUGUUUACUCUGAAUGAUUAUCUCUUACAUUAUGUUCAUGCAGUCUCAGGGCAGCCUCAGAGAACCCCAAACUGUUCUAUCUUUUAAGAAGAGAGAGUUUGUUUUUAUAGAAUCAUCUGGUGUGGCUUUAAAGAUGCUCUAAGUCCUUGAAAAUGAAAAAAAGUGGGCGAGUAUACUUUGAAUUGAAGUCCCUACUCUUGAUUGUAACUUGAACUUUGCAUUAAUCGGAUAUCUAUUCAACUGGGACUAAGAAAACGUAUUUCCUUAUAUUUGUUUUGAUGUUGACUUUAUUAGUUGUUUGUGUAAAGAACACAUGGGGAUGGAGAGGUAGAAUGCAGGUUGGCACCAAGACAGACGGGUAGCACAUUGUCCCAGGUAUCAAAUACACACCUGGGAGGACUGGUGAGAAUUAAACAGGGUAUCCAGAAUGUUUAGGUGCACUGUAGAUGGUUCGCAUUGGGUACAUCUUUUAUUUAAACCAAAAAGGUUUUUGUCUCAUUGUAAAAAAAGAAAAAGAAAAGGAAACUUUAAUUCUGUAGUAUACUCUUGACUUAAGUGCUUCUCUCUGCAAGCCUUGACGCCCUGAUGUGGCGGACAGAUGACUCUGGGGUUGCUGUAUUGAUGGUAUUAAAUUCUGUCCUGACCCGAUACUAAGGGGACAGUGCAGAUGUUUUUUGUUUUUCUCUCACAGGUCUUGUAUCAGGAGGCCUGGGGCACAUUGCCAGUUGAUAAGUCUUAAAAGGGGACAAAAAUCCCUUUCUGGAAGAUAUAGUUUUUCUUUUUUUACUUUGAACUCAAGUGACACUAGCAACAGUCUCUAUUGCCUGUUUUUGAAGAUAGAUAUUUAUAUUCUAACUGCCUUUCAGCUGUACCCGAGACCACAGAUUGAAAAAAAUUAUAAUAACUUCCAAAACAUGUUUAAAAUUCAGAGGAAUACCUGGCAGACUAUAGUCAACUAGCCAAUAAGUUUCCAGUCCUCCGCGGUGGGCAUACUGGGUCUUUAUAUGUAUGACUAAUGUACUCCAGCUCUGAGAAAAAGACUCAAAUGCAACUUGUCUAGACAAGGCUGCUUUGACAGGGCCUGGGUGGAGAUGAGUUCUGAGAAAAACAAAUCAUCUUUCUUUGGGCCCUGGCAAGAAUAUGCACAUGCUGGUUGAUAUACAUGUACAUCUGAAAUCCUGUGUAUGUAUAUAACUGGUUACCUUUUUCCAUUUACCUUAACUUUGUUUUUCAGACCCAAGAAACCCCUGAGUCCCAUUUCCUUCUCUCUUUUAAUGACCUAGAUGAUAAAAAGCAUAAACAUAUCAAAAUUAUACAAAUGAAAAAAUAAAAAUACUUGAAUCUAAAGAACCGCCAAUAAUGUAAUGUGAAAAUUGUUUUGUAAUAAUUUUGUCAUUCAUACACUUCCAAGCUUUUUGAUAACAUCACUUCAAACUGAAUGAAAAAAAAAAAAAAUGUAUAAACAAACAAAAAAAAAGAAAAUAAGAAAAAAAAAAAGAAAAUGCAAAAUGACAUCGGUUGUGAGUGUUUGCACAAGAUUGCGUGUACUGUAUGACGGAUAAAUGCAUUAGUUUGCCUAUAUGAGUGCUAAAGGGUUCAAACCAAUGUAUGCUUGUGAAUACAGUGGAAUUGUUUGCGCCUUUGUUUCAUUUUAAGCAUCUUAGAGGUUUUUGUCUCUUUUUUUGGCUAGUCAAAAAUAUAUUCGGAUGUGUAUUAUUGUAUCUGUUAUUAGCUUUGUUAUUAGAGUUGCACUGAGUGUCUGCUUCCCCUCAGUCAGCUAAUCGUACAACAUGAUAUUAAAGUACUAAGGGGACAAGGUGACAAUUCAUGUGUUAAUGUUUACUCAAGGACUUAUUAAGAAAAUAACAAGUGUGUUUUUUUUUAUGUUAUACGAUUAUCUACCUUAUAGUGGCUUUUAUUGUGGAAUAAUCCAUGAAAAAAAGAAAUGGAUUAUUAUGAGUAUUGCACCAUUUUUGUUUUCAGAUUAUAAACCGAAAAAAAAAAAGCAAAAUACUAAAAAAAAAAAAAAAAAAAAAAAAAAUUAUAUUCAUACACAAUCUUUUCAAAGAAUUGUGGCCAUAGAUUGAUGUAGAGGGACAUGCAACUAACUUUACACCAUGGUGAGCUGAAUAGACAUCUAAAAACGAGUUUCUUACAAGACUUAUUUCAGAGGUGCCUACCUUUCUGUUUAUAUAUAUAUGUACAUAUACACUACCGAUCAAAGGUUUAGGGUCACUUACUCAUUCUUUAUUAUUGUUAUUUUUCACAUUUAGAAUAAUAGUAGUCAUCAAAACUAUGGAAUAACAUAAAUGGAACUAUGGGAAUUAUGUUGUGACUAAACAAAAUCCAAAAUAAAUCAAAACUGUGUUAUAUUUUAGCAUCUUCAAAGUAGUCCCCCUUUGCCUAGAAUUUGCAGAAAUGUACUCUUGACAUUUUCUCAACCAACUUCUUGAGGUAUCACCCUGGGAUGCUUUUAAACAGUAUUGAAGGAGUUCCCAUCUAUGUUGGGCACUUAUUGGCUGCUUUUCUUUAUUAUUUGGUCCAAGUCAUCAAUUUCAAAAACUUUUUUUUAUUUUAUUUUUUUAUUAAAUUUUAGUUUUAUAAUGAAAUAAAUUAAUAUGUUGGCACAAUUAUAUUUUUGUCUACAAAACAAAUUUCAAACAUUUAAGCAUACGCCUUAAGAUCAAAAGAUUUUUAAGAUCAUGAGAAACGUUUCAGUCAAGUGACCCCAAACUUUUGAACGGUAGAGUAUAUAUAUAUAUAAAAAAUAUUUCUGUUCUAGUUUUGUUCAUCUUUGUGCAAGGACACCAACAGUUUACAAGCAUUUCUUGUUUUUCUGAAGUUCAAGGAAAUUAAACUUGUUAUGGGAAUGUCAAGAGAAAAUGUAAAAAAAAAAAAUGUCCUAAAGGACAUCUACUUCCAUCAAAUGAAUAACAAAAAACACUUUACCGAAUGAAGAUUUUUAUGCUACGUGCAAAACUCUGGGAUUGAUCAGUGUUGUUUUUUGUUUGUUUGUUUCUCUUAUGUUUAUGUCUCUUAUCUUAUCAAAGCCUGUAUUUUUUGUUUGUUUUUGAAAGAAAAAAAAAAAAGGAGAAAAGAAGACAUAAUUGUUCACUAUCUUGCACACACAAAAAAGUGGAUCAUGUCUCAGGAAGGCAAGGGUUCCAGAGUACCAACUCCACACCAUUUAAUGUUCGUUUUUAGAGAAAGAGGAUAACAGAAAACAAAUAAGCACUGAAGGUUAUGGAUUUCCAAGAAAAAAUACCUUUGUUUCUAAAUCCAUAGCAGUUACAUAUUUACCAAAUAAUGAACUCUUAUUGAACUUUAAAAAAUGGAGUGCUUUAUAUAUAAAUCUAUAUAUUGAAAUUGCUUUACAUUUUAAACAAAAUGAUUUUGAUUGUUCAAAAGACAGUGAAAGAACAUACAAAUGAUGUAUGUUGUAAUCUUUAUUGUAUUUUCUUAACAUGAGGUCCCAUCCUGUUGAAAUCAGGACCAUUGUGCAUUACAAUUUCUUUCCUCUUUGUCAUUGUGUCUCUUGUGGCGGGUAUUACAUAAUGAAAAUGAAAAAAGGAAGGGUGGGGGCAGGGUUUUUAUGUCAGUUUGAUCGAUUUAAAGAGGAAAAAGCUGGUUUAUAAGGAUCAUGAUCUAUGCACGGGUGUGGGGGGGGGGGGGGUAUUUUCUGGGUGUCCUUUCAUUGUGCUCAUUCAUGCUCUGUUGUCUCCCUCCCCACCAACCCCAUCCAUCUUAUUUCCCAUAUUUCAUGUAUCUUACAUACAGUACAUCGCCAUGCUGUGUAUUCCGAAACCAAUGAGCGUAUCUUUCUGAAGCACUGUGGGGGUCUUUUUGUAGCCCAUAACUUUCAAGGUUGUUUGUGUUGAAUGAGUGAGUGAGUAGAUAUUGAUUUGCUUUGCCUUUUGUUUUUAGAUGUUAAGGAAUAUGUCUGUACUGAGAUUUUAAGAAGUCAGUGGCUUUUAAUGUUUGUUUGUUUUUUUCAAUCUCUCUAUUUCUCUCUCCUCAUAGAAUGUGAUUGUUGAUGACAUGCAACGAUAAAAAUGUUUUGAAUUAUGGAGCUUCUUUCAAACAAUUAAUAAAUUGCAUUUUUGUUCUUGGC